GGUGUUUUGAGCUCUUCGUCUCGCCGUACCCAAAAAGGGCGUGGCUAAGGCUUCCAAGAUGUAGCGGAAGUAGUAAAGCACCACGGGAAAACACGUGUGUGGAACUGUGCUCUAAAAUCGCACGAAAACCAAGUAGGUUGAUGCUUUCAUCAGGCUCUUCCUAAUAAUUACCAUGGCCUCCAAAAACACUGUAAGCGGCGACGACCGCUUCUCAAAGGUCCAGAAGGACCCUCGCUUCUGGGAGAUGCCCAGCAGAGAGCGAAAAGUCAAAAUCGACAAGCGCUUCAAGUCCAUGUUCCACGACGAACGCUUUAAACUGAAGUAUACAGUCGAUAAACGCGGCCGACCCGUCAGCCACACAUCCACAGAGGACCUCAAGCGCUUCUACAAUCUCUCUGACUCCGAGCAGUCAGACGAAGAAGAGGAGAACGAGAAGAAGGAAAAGAAAGUGAAAAAGGCUGAUGAGAAAUCUCAGGUUGAGGAUGAGGAAGACAGCGAUGAAUCUGAAGAGGAGGCAGACACAGAGAAGAUCCUGAAGACAAAAGUAGCUAAGAAAACCAAAGAGCCGCUGGUGAAGGGAGUGAGAGUGUUUGAAGAAGAUGAAGACGAGGAAUCUGGUGUUGAAGAGGAUGAGGAAGAUGAUGACGUGGAAGAGAGUGAGGAUGAGGAGGAGGCUGAUGAAGAGAGUGAGUCAGGUGAUGACAGCGACAGUGGACCCGAUCUGGCUCGAGGGAAGGGUAACAUUGAGACCAGCUCUGAUGAAGAUGAUGAGGAUGAUGAUGAUGAGCUGAAGGAAUAUCUGCAGCGUGAGGAAGAGGAGAUUGAGCACGACUGGGGAGAGAUGUGGAAAGAUGCUCCACGCAGUGACGAUACUUCCCGACGGUUGGCGGUUUGUAACAUGAACUGGGACAGACUGAAAGCUAAAGAUCUUCUGGCUCUCUUCAAUUCGUUUAAGCCCAAAGGAGGCGUAGUGCUGUCUGUGACGAUCUAUCCGUCUGAGUUGGGGAAGGAGAGGAUGAGUGCAGAACAGACUCAGGGUCCGCUGGAGCUCACCGGCCUCCCGGAGAACCCUGACGCAGACACAGAGGAGCAAAGGAUCUACCGAGAGAAAGUGCGAGACUAUCAGUUCAAGCGUCUGAGGUAUUACUACGCCGUGGUGGAGUGCGACUCGGUCGAAACAGCAGCAAAGAUUUACGAGGAGUGUGACGGCUAUGAGUACGAGAGCAGCUGCUCGAUGAUCGACCUGCGGUUCAUCCCUGAUGACGUGACGUUUGACGACGAGCCGAAAGACCGAGCCACUGAUGUGGAUUACAGUUCCUACAAACCUAAACUCUUCACAUCGACGGCCACCACCACAGCCAAGGUGGAGCUGACGUGGGAUGAAACGGAUCACGACCGCGUCACGGCGCUCUGCAGGAAGUUCAAUAAGGACGACCUGUUGGACAUGGACUUCAAGGCUUACCUGGCCUCCUCCAGUGAGGAAGAAGAGGAAGAGGAAGAGGCAGAGCAGCAGAAGAUAAAGGCUGAGGAGCCCACUGAGCCUCAUCCUGAGGAGACAAAGAGCAGGAAAGAGAAGAAGAGCAGCGAGCAGAUCGCUAAAUACAGAGAACUACUGAAGAGCAUUCAGGACAAAGACAAGGAGAAGGAUGACGGCAUGGAUAUGGAGGUCACAUGGGUACCAGGGCUGAAGGAAACAACUGAGAAGCUAGUGAAGAAGAAAAUGGAGGGCAAAGAUCAGCUGACUCCGUGGGAGCAGUACCUGCAGAAGAGAAAGGAGAAAAAGAAAGAGAAGAGGAAAGGAAAGAAGGAAGAAGCGGAGGCGGAGCCUGAGAUCAGUGAUGAUGAACUUCCUGCUGAUGUUGACCUCAGUGACCCCUUCUUCAAAGAGGAGCUCGGCUCGAGAGCAUCCCUGAAAAACACAAAGAACAGGAAGAAGAAGAAUGAGGAGAGGUCACCAGAAGAACAGGAAGAGCUGGAGAGACAGAGGGCCGAGAUGGAGCUGCUGAUGGACGACGGAGAAGACGAUAAGCACAAACAUUUCAACUACGACAAGAUCGUAGAGCAGCAGAACCUGAGCAAGAAGAAGAGGAAGAAGCUCCAGAAGAGCAACACGCCACUGGAGGAGGACGACUUCCAGGUGGACGUUCAAGACCCGCGUUUCCAGGCCGUGUUCACGUCCCAUCUCUACAACCUUGACCCGUCCGACCCGGCCUACAAGAAGACCAAAGCAACGCAGAGCCUCCUAGAGGAGAAACAGAGACGCCGAGCAGAGGAGGCGCUGAAGAGCAGAGCCUCGCAGGAGACGCCCUCGUCCUCCACUAAAGUCAUGGACCCCAGUUUAUCACUGCUGGUCAAAUCCAUCAAGAACAAAACUGAACAGUUUCAAGCGCGCAAGAAACACAAGACCAAAUGAUUCUGACGGAUUCAUGCUUGGUUUUCUGGAGUCUGUGUGUGUUACUUUAGUGAUGAAUUUAUGCUUGGAGAUGAAAGCUUUUAAUAAUAAACAUCAUACUUUCUCCUCUGAA